AUGGAUGACAUGGAUAAGGACAACAUAGUGAAUGGGGCCGAAAAGCCGCCGUUGAGCAGGGCAGACAAUGCUGUGUUGACAAAUGCAGUGUUCCAAGGAUUCAUUACAUUCUGCAUCCUAAUAGCGUACGUCAUCCUCAGAAAAAGAGCAAAAUGGCUCUAUUCGCCAAAUGUCAGAGGCAGGCCCUCCCACCCUUGCUACAAUUACACGGGGUUCCUGAGCUGGAUCAUCCCUGUUGUGACGGUCAACGACACGAUUCUUCUUUCAAUCAUAGGGCUGGAUGCAUUCAUGAUGCUGCAGACGUUGAAGAUGCUCUACAGGAUCCUCUUCAUCCUAUCCCUCUUUGUCAUUCCGUCGCUGGGAUACUUGUUCUGGACAAACCAACGGGAGAACGUAGAACACUCUGAUCAGUGGCUAGUCAGGCUUUCCUUGGGAAGCUUAGAUCCAGACUCUGGAAGCUACAGACUCGUAAUCCCUGUUGUAUAUCUUAUAUCUGGAUUCAUAAUGUAUUCUAUCUUUAUAUACUACAAGAGAUAUAUCGUCCUCAGGCAGGCAUAUCUGCGGAACCCAGCAAUCAUGACAUCCAUAAUAACCCUGAAGAAGCUUUCCAACCACCUUGGAAGCUCGGAAAGGUCGACGGAGUAUGUGAACCUUCCAAACAGGACACUGCUUGUUUCAAGACUUCCAAGCUAUGUUAAUAACGAUGUAGACCUUUAUGAGUUCAUCAACGCUCUCGGGGUCGGGGAGAUUGAUGACAGCGUGCUCGUGUACGAUACCAACACCCUGCAGAGCCUCUACGGUGAAAGGGAUAGCUACAUUUACAACAUUGAAAAGGAGAUUAACGAGAAAUUUGUGCGAAUAAAUGAUUGGUCUGAAAAGAACCGGGAGGCAUGCGAGAGGAGCAUAUCCGGCUUCAAGGAAAGCAUCUCUAGGACUGUCGAGGAGGCCAAAAUAGAGGGGACCUUCGACCCUUCCCAGAAGAGGCAGCUCAUUGUGCUAUUUCUCAACGGAGCCAAGCAAUUUGAAAACAAGCUCAAGGAGGGAGAGGACGUCUCAAGGGUAAGCCUUUACCUGGAAAAGCUGAAUGACGUGAAUGCAAGGAUUAGUAGGGAAAAGGAGAUCAUAAAGACUGAAGAGGCAGGAGACAAAGACGUUAGGAUUGUGGAGUUGGUCUCGCGCAACAACACUCUCUUUCUGAGAGGGGACAUAUCGCAGGAUGUAAGCUUCUUCUCGUUUCACCAUAUACUCAACUACAGGAAGUACAAGAUGUACUUCACAUUGGAUCUCCCUUCGAAAACAAAAAGGGGGUUUGUCACAUUCAAGGACCAGAGAAGCGCAAACAUAGUGAAGCAGUCGCAAAUAGGAUCGAGGAUAUUUUCUGUCACAACAGAAGAUGCGCCGGCCCCAAACGACGUCAUCUGGGAAAACAUAACAAACAGCGAGGUGGAAAACUACAUGUACAGCAUCUUUGGGACGGUGUUCUUCAUUCUCUUCAUUGUGCUGUUCUCGUCCAUGGUUACUAGUAUUGUUACUCUACUGGUAAACUUCGAGGGUUUUAAGGAAAGUAAGCUUAUAUCCUCGUUUCUGUCCAGGUAUGAAACGAUUGCUGACUCUCUGCGAGGUGCUCUGUCUCCACUCAUCUACAACUCCAUGCUGCUGCUUGUCCCAACAGUCAUAACUGCGCUUAUGAACAUGGAGGGGAUCUAUUCAUACUCAACCCUUCAGCAGAAGCUGAUGGACAAGCUCUGUAACUUCCUGUUUUUCAACGGGUUUGCCUCCGUGUUCUUUGUAACAAGCUUUUACAGGCUCUUUUCGGAUGUUCUGUCCAGAAACAAGGAGAUAUAUGACAUUGUCGAAGCAUUCAGCAAAGAGUCUCUAGAGUCCUCGGUGUUCUUUGCAAACAUAAUCAUUCAGAAGUCCCUGGUUGGAACUGCACUAACGCUACUGAAGCCUGCACCGCUGCUGAUUAACUACAUUAUCUUUCCAUUCACGGGAAGAAAGACAAGGAGAGAGAAGCUUGAUGCCGAGUUCUCACCGCCAUUCGACUUUGGGACCAUAUUUCCGUCGUGCCUCACCGUGUUCUCGAUGUCGAUAGCCUAUGCAGUGAUGUGCCCUCCCAUUCUUCUUCUUGGGGCAUUCUUCUACUUCUGCAACUACCUAGCAUUCAAAUCCGAGUUUCUGUACUCCUCCAGAAACGAGUAUGAAUCUGGAGGGGGGUAUUGGGACUCUGCAUGCCAGAACAUAGUGUUUUCCCUUAUAUUCUUCCAGGUUGUCACAUUUGCAAAGAUGUCCUCGGACAAGAGAUUCUAUCUGUCGAUGUCACUGUUUCCGAUUAUCCUCAUCACAUUUAUAUUUCGCAACAGCCUCAGGAAGAUGUUCUACAAGUCCUGCCACUUCUAUCCGCUGAACAUCAAGGAGGAGGAGUAUCUGGACACCUUUACCGAGAAGGUUCUUGUGGACAGAGUUAAUCUUUUGGAAAGCUGGUCUGAGAUAGGGAAGGGGCCGGAUGUUGAUAUUCUUCGGCUGGCAGAGCUGGGAAUCAAGGAUACGAAGGAGAUUGAGAAGGAGUCGUACUACAACGAUCCAAACACAGCUACAUCAAACUCAUCUCUUAUUCUCCCAGAAAACUUCUUCAAAACCAUCUGGUUUCUGGUAAACAACGAUAGAGAGGAUUUGUUCGGACUGAGAGCAGAAUAA